CAAGACUUUGGAGCCUACAUGUCUCAUAUCACCCGGAAGGAAAGGAAGAACCUGUCUGCAAAGACAGACAAGCCGUCCACCAAGUCAUAUCUAAUAUGGCCGCUACUCUUUCCUCUUGCAAGUUGCAACACAUGGCUUUGCUUCCUUUCCAGUAUGGCACAUUGAAAGCUGCAUAUGCGUUAUGAGGUACCGAGACUGAGUAUAAGUAUAGAGGAUUGCGUUGGUAGUUCAGGCACAAGCAAAGCUUCGUCAUUCUUGAGAUCAGUAAAGCUUUUUGGUUCUGUUCUAUAGUUUUAUAACAAUGUUGAGCCCCAAGAGACUCGUUGACAAGGCAAAGAAAGGGAUCCCCUUGGCAUUAAUGAUGAGAUCCAAUAGCAGUAGUAGAGUGGUUGCUGAGAAGGGGCACUUCGUGGUGUACACUGUGGAGGAUGUGAGGUUCAUGCUGCCUUUGGCAUUCCUCAAGAGCCCAGUACUUCAGGAGCUGCUCAAAGUAUCGGAAGAGGAGUUUGGAUUGCCUGGAGACGGGCCGAUUAGAUUGGCAUGCAAUGCAAAUUUUAUGGAGUACAUUCUUGCCUUGUUUCAGAGGCGUGUAUCUGGAGAAGUGGAGAGAGCCUUGCUUGCCUCCCUUGACGCAAAGCGAUGCUCAUCAGCUUCUCUGUUGAGCCAUGCAGGAAAAGAUCAACAGCAGUUAGUAGCAUUCACAUAGAGAUCACGAAGUCUUCUUCUUCUACUUCUUCUUCUCCAGACAACUUUGUAUAUCGUUUGUAGUGACACAACAUGU